AUGCCAACCAUUCUGCCAACCACCCUGCCAACAGCCCUGCAAACGGCUCUGCGAACAGCCCUGCGAGCGGCCCUGCAAACGGCCCUGCAAACGGCCCUCCGAGCGCGCAAGUGCGAGGCAGUCUAUAAAACAGCCCUGUCAACAGCCCUGCGAACGGCCCUGCGAACGGCCCUGCGAACGGCCCUGUAA